AUGUCGGAAUUUGAAGAUCACGGAGGUCAUCAGGAAGAAGAAGAUGAGGAGCAGGGAGAAGGAGAAGAACGCCCCAAAUACAAGCCGGUCACACAGCUCGCUGCCCCCAAAAUCCCGGAGGGAGAGAGGGUUGACUUUGAUGAUAUCCAUAGGAAAAGGAUGGAGAAAGAUCUGCUGGAGCUGCAGACUCUGAUUGAUGUCCACUUUGAGCAGAGGAAGAAAGAGGAAGAGGAGCUGAUUGGACUCAAAGACAGGAUUGAGAGUCGUCGGGCAGAGAGAGCUGAGCAGCAGCGUGUUAGGGCUGAAAAAGAGCGGGACAGACAGACACGGAUUGCGGAGGAGAGGCAGAGAAAAGAGGACGAAGAAGCGAAGAAGAGGGCAGAGGAUGAAGCCAAGAAGAAGAAAGUGCUCUCCAACAUGGGGGCUCACUUUGGAGGGUUCCUGGCCAAGGCAGAGCAAAGGCGAGGCAAAAAGCAAACUGCAAGGGAAAUCAAGAAGAAGACCCUGGCAGAGAGACGCAAGCCCCUGGCAAUUGAGAACCUGAGAGAGGACGGCCUGAGAGAGAGAGCCAAGGAGAUGUGGGAAUGUAUUUACCUGCUGGAGUCAGAGAAGUUUGACCUGACUGAGAAGACGAAGAGGCAGAAGUAUGAGAUCAACGUCCUCCUGAACAGAAUCCAACAUGCUCAGAAAUUGUGA